CGCCGCCGCCGCCUCACAGACGCCUCAGUCUCAGCGACCCCUCCGUGCGAUGGCGAAGGCGCACCGGCGGCGGCAGAAGAAGCGAAGCCCUCGGCCUCUCCCUGCCGGAACGUAGUGGAGCCGCGUCGCCCGGCAAGGAGGGAGCGGCAGGUAGAGAAGAUGGAAGGCAACAGCCAGCUUUGCAUUCAGCGUUGGUCUACCAGGCAUGUAGCCAAAUGGCUGAAGGAAGAAGGCUUCUGUGAGUAUGUGGACAUUUUGUGUGACAAGCACAGAUUAGAUGGAAUUACAUUACUGACGCUGACUGAAUACGACUUGAGGUCUCCUCCUCUGGAAAUCAAGGUUCUAGGUGAUAUCAAACGGCUCAUGUUGUCAAUUCGCAAGUUACAGAAGCACCACAUUGAAGUUUUGGAAGAGCUUGGUUAUAACAGUGAUAGCCCCAUUGGUUCCCUGUCCCCUGGGAUUGGCUCCCUUCAAGGAACAGACUGGUUUUGCAAUGGCGAGGUUCAACGGGAUUGUGAUGACUGUGAGCCUGUCGCUGAUGUGAACACUGACCAGUAUCAGUAUGCAAAUGGAAAAAACAAACAUCCUACGCGAAGACUGAACCCAGAGUAUUGGAAGACAGCUUUGAGUUGUAUAUAUGUUUUUAUUGUGUUUGGCUUCACAUCAUUUGUCAUGGUUAUCGUGCACGAGAGAGUUCCUGACAUGCAGACAUAUCCACCGCUACCAGACAUAUUCCUAGACAGGUAAGUGCUUUAACCUGCUUAGGAAAAAGUGCUAAAAAUCAGAAUUGCUGAACUGUUGAGGCCAAACUAGGUGUUUUGCAGAAUU